AAGAGCUCAGCCGCUUAGGACCUUUACGCUCCGGUACAUAACUUGGCUAUGAAGGUUAGGAGACGGAGUGAAUGCGCAUGUGUAGUCCGUAUCCUCUAGGUUCCUCACGUGACGUCAGGUGGGCUCCAGGACUUCAUUUGGGCAUUUAAAGGUUUCAUAGCAGAGAGUGAGGAUUAGCUCCCUCACCUCCCUAUGGGCAGCUGGCAGGCAGGAGAGAACCUGCAGCUUUGCCUGUCACAUCGUCCACCUUUGGUUUGUGCUGCACUUGCAUUGGUGCUACUUGGGGCUUCGGGCCUAGGCCUUGGUGGUUUUAUCCUUAAUCAUGGUGAUGGACUUCGAAAUCCUGAUAUCCCUCAGGAUUGGGUCUCCUUCAUGAGAUCUCUGGGUCAGCUGACUCUGUGCCCUUGGAAUAGGACAGGUACAAGGAAACCACCUGGACCCGAGUUUCAUACUGUGAGCUUGAAGACCAGUUUAAACCUAGGAGAUGGUAUCAAGAAUAGGACUCAACAACUACGGGCCACUGUCUAUGGCCACCAACUGGGACUUAGUGGUUCUUCUGCAGAGGAGCUAGUAUUGAUCACAGCCAGGAUGUCAGUACAUAGAACUCCUGAGACUUGCCUGGUUUUUAGUUCAGCCCCCAGAAUUCUGCCUUCCAACCCCCCACCCAUGUCCUGCUUAGAGGAAGGUGAGGGAGAUAUUGCAAACACAUAUGCCAUUGAGAGUUCCAAGCCAGAAGAGGAAUGUUAUGAGGUCUGGAGCCAUGAGGGCCUUAUUCUCACCAAACAACUUACUCAGGACGAACUUACUUUGUGUGGGUCCAGACUUCUCUACUUUAGCUGCUUUCUUCUCUUCUUCUGUGGUUUCCUAUGCUGCUUUGCAGCAGUCUGUACUCAUCCACGUGUUGACACAUCUUGGCAAAGGACCCAUAUCUAAACCCAACAGCUUCAGGCUAUAUUUUGCUUUCAGGUCUGUGAUUCCUGUUCUGUAGGCUCAUCUCAGCCCCUUGAGUUGGAUCAGAUGGGAGAGGGGAACUAAAAGGGGGGCUGAGGACCAUUAAAAAUAUUUCUCAUCUCUA